AUGGAGCUGGCACUCCCCAAUGACGUAUUACUCCUGGUUGGCGAGCAGCUGGAACAGAAAGCAGACAGUUGGAAUCUUGUCUUCGUCUCUCGUCACUUUCAUGACUUGUUUCUGUCGUUUGUUUACCGCAGAGUUUCUCUGCGCAACUGGAACGAUGCCAGCUCGUUUCUACACGCCAUACUCAACCGACCAGUUCUCGCGCGCGCCGUCCGGGAGCUGGACUUGAAGGACUGGCAUGCGAAGGGUCUCUCCGAGUAUCAGCGUAAAAAAAUUACAGAGUCAACACAUUUGAAGGAAUGGAUACACGUCGUAUCACACUCGGACACCGAGAGUCAGCAAUGGACUGAGGAUCUCGGACAAGGCCUGGGAGAUGCAUGGGCUGCGUUGAUACUUCCGCUAUUGAGUCAACUGAGAAAACUUCAGCUUGCCUACGCCAGCACGUCUCCUUGGUUAGAUCGCAUCAUGCAGAGAGCCAUCCAGUGCGAAAGGCCCUUUGUUAUCCAGCCGCCGUUUAAGUGCCUGCAAGAGGUUUCCCUCCAUCACCGGAAUGAUCUCGAUCGUGAUGACACCUGGGGUGCGAGAGAAGAACACCAAUCAGCAUCAGCUCUUCUCAUGCCAUUCUUCAGUUUGCCAUCUGUCCGUGUCAUAACCGCAAACGCGGUUGUGGAUCCCAGCACCGCGAUCACAUCUCCCGAGCAAAUGACGCAGAACCUAAGGGUCGGCUUCUCUUCAAUCACUGAGAUUGACCUGCGUUCAAGUAGUGGCAACCAUGGCAUGGAGGCCUUAGUUUCCUCGUGUGCAGCCCUCAAGUCUUUCAAGUAUCAGCACUCGGAUUCACACGUCCUUUCUCAUGGAUAUCAGCCCUCGGCUUUCUAUCGCUCGCUAGCCCAUAGCAAGAAGAGUCUUCAGACACUGUGGCUGGAUCACUAUGGCAGUCAUUUCCCAUUCACCGCUGGUGGGCUUAAUCAAUCACACGAUGAAUGGUUUGGAUCGCUGGCCGAUUUCACUGCACUGCGGGAACUGCGCGUGCGAUUGCCGAACCUACUGGAUAUUCGAUACCAAAACGAACCAUCCACGCCACUAUUAGAAUGUCUUCCCUCAUCGCUAGCGACGCUGUACAUUGAAGGCUGUGAGGAGCGAAAUCUGGGGAUGCUAGUCUCUCAAUUGCAAAUUGUGAUCAAGAACCGACGAACGCGGUUCCCAGGGCUCAAUCGCAUCGAUAUUGAGGGUGCGUUCCAAAACGUCAGGUCUGACGACGAUGGCACUACCACCAGUCCCGGGCCAGCAAUCUCCGAUGGUGUAAUCAAGGAUAAGAUAUUUCAGGCUGCCGAGCCGUUGCAUAUUGAUUGUUCCAAUGCUGGCAUGGAAUUGUAUCUCCAUGAUCGCACCCUUUUCACCUUUUGA